ACCUUCCCCCCACUAUUUACAUCUGUUUUCCACUCUCCACAAAUUUCAUCUUGCGCCAAACUUUAUUUCUCCAAAUCCCUCUACACCCAGAGCUAUGGCUGCGAAUAUUCAGACUCUCGCUCAGCUUCUAGACACCUCAUUGAUCCCUUCUCAAAACAAACAAGCUGAGAGCUCUCUGCGGGCCAGUGAAAACCAGGAAGGAUUUGCUCCUCUGCUGUUACAGAUUGUUGCGUCCGAUAGCUUUGCUUCGAAUACUCGUUUAGCGGCUGCUCUGUACUUCAAAAACUUACUUGGGAGGAAUUGGACUGAUGAGGAAGGUCACUACAAGAUGGCGGGGAGUGAGGUUGUGGCGGUCAAACGAGAUUUGGUUGGGCUUAUGAUCACUGUUCCGCCAGCCUUGCAGGUACAGCUUGGAGAGGCCAUCAGCAUCAUUGCGGAGAGUGAUUUUUGGCAACGCUGGGAUACGUUAAUUGAUGAUCUUGUGUCUAAACUCACCCCCGAUAAUGCACAAGUCAACAACGGUGUUCUUCAGGUGGCGCAUGCGAUUUUCAAACGUUGGAGACCGCUUUUCCGUUCCGACGACCUGUUCACCGAAAUCAAUCAUGUUCUUCAAAAAUUCACGGCUCCGUUUCUGAAACUGAUGGAGGCUACCGACCAGCAAAUAACGCAAGCUCAAAAUAAUAAACCUGCCUUGGAUGGCUAUUUCCAAACACUCAACCUUAUUAUCAAGAUUUCAUUUGAUCUUAACUGCCAAGAUCUUGCGCCAGAUUUCGAAGAGAAUCUCGCAACAAUUAUGGGACUACUGCACAAGUAUCUCACUUUCACCAGUCCCCUUCUUGUGACUGAUGACGGCGACGAAUCGGGCCCGUUAGAGCGAGUCAAGGCUGGAAUAUGUGAAUUCCUCCAGCUCUUUACUACCAAGUACGAGGAUGUAUUUGGUGAGAUGCUCCAGAAUUUUGUCAACUCGACAUGGGUGCUCUUAACCACCACUGGGCCCGAGCCGAAAUAUGACAUUUUGGUCAGUAAAGCUUUGCAGUUCUUGACUGCUGUAGCAAGGUCAAGUAAACAUGCUCAAAAUUUUAGCGCGGUGGUAGUAUUGGAGCAAGUUGUUGAAAAGAUCAUCCUACCCAAUAUGACUUUACGAACUUCUGAUGAGGAAUUGUUUGAGGAUGAUCCAAUCGAAUUUAUUCGAAGAGAUCUUGAAGGCUCUGAUAGCGAUACUCGUAGAAGGGCUUCCACGGACUUUCUUCGCCAACUCCUCGAGCAGUUUGACAAAACUGUCACUGAAGUUGUUUACAAAUACAUUAACCAUUACUUGCAAGACUACAACAGUAACCCCAAAGCAAACUGGAGAUCUAAGGACACGGCCUUGUACCUGUUCUCAUCUAUCGCUGCAAAGGGCACAACUGAGAGAAAGGGCGUUACGCAUACCAAUCUCCUUGUGGAUGUCGUAGAAUUCUUCCAGAACCAUAUCGCAGCGGAUCUUAUCGCUCCUUUUGAGGAUGUCCAGCCGAUUCUGAAGGUUGAUGCAAUAAAGUAUCUCUACACCUUCCGCAGCCAAUUGACUAAGUCACAACUUUCCGAUGCUUUCCCUCUUCUCGCUAGGCACCUCGGAUCUCCGAAUUAUGUUGUUUACACCUAUACUGCGAUUACUGUUGAGCGCUUGCUGGCGAUGGCUUCUGAUGGGGAGCCAUUAUUUCACCCCGAAGACUUGAGGCCUUACGCAAAGGACCUUUUUGAGAAUCUCUUUAGGCUGAUCGAGCAAGGCGUUACCCCCGAGAAGAUUCAGGAGAAUGAAUAUCUAAUGCGCUGUGUAAUGCGGGUUAUUAUUGUUUCUAGGGAUGCUACUGGACCGUUGGUGGAAUACGUUCUGGGAGGGCUUAUCAAAAUAACAGGUGUAGUCAGCAAGAAUCCCAGUAACCCGAGGUUUAUUCACUAUCACUUUGAGAGUCUUGUCUCGAAAAUGCCCUUCAUGAUCCCUUCAUGGCUAUUCUUGGUCAAGAUGUUACGGAGUUCAUCCCUUAUGUAUUCCAAUUACUUGCUCUUCUCCUGGAAAGCAAUGCCCCAGUUCCCCUUCCCCAACGCUAUAAAGACCUUACGACCCCUCUUCUCACACCGGCUCUCUGGGAAUCACGAGGAAAUGUUCCCGCUCUUGUCCAAUAAUCAACUAUCAGCAAUCCUUGGCAUUUUUCAGAAAUUGGUAGCCUCAAAACUGACCGAAGUGCAUGCUUUUGAGCUGCUAGAAGCAUGUUUCAUUUAUUUCCCACUGACCGCUCUGCAGCCAUUUGUCAAGGAUAUUUUUAUUAUUCUACUCACUAGGCUAAACGGCUCGAAAACAGAGGCUUUGUCCCAAAAGUUUGCUAGGUUCUUUUACUUUCUCGCUGCUAGGGAUAAGGGAGGCGCCGGGCCCGAUUUUGUUGUGGGAGCUAUCGAUGCCGUGCAAGCAGGCAUCUUCGGCCAACUUUAUGGUGCUGUGGUUCUGCCUGAUACACAAAAGUUACAACGACCAGCUGAUCGAAAGGUCGCUGUUGUUGGUUUGACAAAGUUCGUUGCCUUCUCAGAGGGUCUAGCUACUACAUAUCACAAAACAUGGCCAGGUUCAGUCGUUGCCUUAUUAAAACUACUUGAAGCCCCACCGGUACCCACCCAAGACGAUAGGGGGAUCGACCUCCACGAGGCCGAUAUCGAUGAUCUAAGCUUUGGUGCAACCUUUACUAGGCUUAAUACCUGUAAGAAGAGAGCGAUUGACCUGUUCCCUGACACUGGUGACUUGAAAAAAUGGGUUGGAGAACGACUUAAGGAAGGAAAUUCAAAAUAUAGCGGUAGAGUCGAUAAUUGGAUUAAAGCCGAGUUGCCGGAUGAAGCUAAGAUCGUUCUGAGAAGAUAUAUGCAGUAAUUGUAGCAGUUAUCCGCGUGCAUGAGCCGGGCGGGCUCGCUGGGGGUUCUAUGGCUAGGGCUAUGGCCGAGAGCGGUGCUUUGGAUUUGGGUCAUGGAUGUUUGGUUUUCAAUUAAUGCAAAACAUUGCCAUAGCGUUUGGUUCUUCUCAUGUUCUACUAUGGUGUUGUCCUUUGUAGCAAGCUAGCGGGAUACCGGUAUUAUAAAUUAGUUGUUCAUCCAUUAGCAUAUAUCCA